AUGAAGUAUUGCGAGGUGGCAUGUAAACACUCUCGAUGCGAUCUGAGAUGCCACGAAGCAUGUGCACCACGUAUCGAGCCAUGUACAUGGUCUUGUCCGCACGAAGGACAAUGCACACUGCCAUGCUCAGCACCCUGUAACCGUUUACCAUGCGAUCAACGCUGCACCGAGAUGCUUCCUUGCGGCCACCAGUGCCCUGGACUUUGUGGAGAGGCGUGUCUUCCAGAACAUUGCGCAGCAUGUGGGAUGAAGCUAGAGGAGCAAGUUGACAUGAUCGAGUUCAAGGAUUAUGGAGAGAUCGACCUAGAUGAGACUCCGGUGGUUGCUCUCGCUUGUGGUCAUUUCUUCACUGCCGAGACACUAGAUGGCAUGGUCGCACUGAACAGUGUCUACACGAUGGACACUAAGACUGGUAAGUCCGAUGGUCUACAAGAGAUAUCUUCAACACUGGCUCCCGCUGUCCCGAAAUGUCCGCAUUGCAACAAACCGAUUCGGCAAUACGCAACUCAGAGGUACAACCGAUUGAUCAAUAGCGCCGUCAUUGACGAAAUGACAAAGCGUUUCAUCGCGACAGGACAGACUGAGUUGCACGGAGCGGAAGCAGCAUUCUUGAAAGCCGCACAGAGACUGGAGGAAACUCGCUCCGAGUUCACCAAAACCUUUUCCCAAACGAAUUCGAUUGCGGCCCGCUCACUCAUCAUGGCAGCACUCCGAUCGCGAUACAAACAGGCGGCUCAAGUCAAGUACUCCGUGUCGCAACUUCAGCACCGAGCAGCGGAGCGUCAUCAACCUGCGCACAAAUUACAUGAAGCCACAGUAUAUGCCCUGCAAAAGCAUGAGCCCAUCGAAGAAAGGAUGGCGCGUGUCGGAUUCGAGCAAGUCACGAUCAGCGGCGAGCGCGAUCAUCGCAUCACGUUGGGGGCAAAGAUGUUGAAGAUCAAAAUCGACUGCAUCAUCACGGAAGACAAGCUAGGUGUCUUGUCUGCGACCAAAGCAGAGUGCAGAGAGUCAGCGACUUCUUUGAUCUUCCCAGAUGGCUCUCUCCAAGGCUCCACUAAGCUUGUUCUCAAAAAAUGCCGGGAGUUCAUUAAGGACUGUACCAAUAGGGCUUUGCCUAGACUUGUGGUCGAGGCUUCUCUCUACUUUGCGCGAAUCGCUCGUAUCUGGCAGACGAUCGGAUCCGAGCAACGCGAGCUUGCCUCCAAGUACCACGCAAAGGCAAAGAAGCUACUCACAGAGGCUAAGGUCUUGUGUGGAAAAGGCUUUCGUGAUGCAGACACGUUGUCUGUAGCUGUCGAUAAAAGCCUUAAGCUGUUACGAAGAGAGUGGUACGAGGAAGUCUCAAGCGCAGAGCUAGAGGCGAUUAAGAAGGCGAUGGUCGGUAGACUAGGAGGUAUCGCGACGCAUUCAGGACACUAG